AAUUCUUUCGGCUCUUGUUGAUCUGUGGACUAGAAUUUUGUUUGAUUAGGGAAUAAUUAAAGUUAAUUACGUGUGUUAGUGAUGAAUUUUGUUUGCCGACAGGAAUCAAAUUCCAAUUUCUUCUUCCUUCACCGAUUGUUUUAUUAUUCCCUCUAAUUUGUCCUUAAUUCUUGUCUCCUUUUCUGUAAUUUUAACGGAAUUAGUUUCCAGAAAAUAUGAUUAGAAAUCUGUGGCCGUCGAUUUUUGCUCUUAAAUCAUGGUUGAAAGCGUAGGGUAUCGUUCAUGUACUGUCAGUCGAGCGUUGAUUGCGACAAUAUAAACCUAAGGGGGCCUUCAUUUUCAUUGCCUGAAUAAACAGGAGAAGGGCCUUCUUUCUCUUCCAUGAGAUUGAAGUUUCUUUCAUGAUUAUGUUGGGUCAGAAAGGUCUGCAUCUCUUCUACAUGUAUUGGUUCAGGUUCCCUUAGUGGGCAAAAAAAUUCUCUUCACUCUGGCAGCUGCAACUAGCUCGAAUUCUUCUCGCACCUUCAAAUGGGUGUGGGAUAAUGGAGUGAUAUCUCUUGGUGUUUUGAGGAAGUCAAGAUCAUCAUACAUUUGGAGAUUGUGUCGUGUUUUAGAGGGUCUGUCACUCGAUUAUGGUUAAGGUUAUUAUUGCCUAAAAACUAUUGAACUAUCCAUAUAAUUGUCUGCUGUUCAUCCUUGUCGUCUUGUAAAGAUUAAGAUUAGACCUUUGUUUUAGGCUUGUCAUUAACGAGCAAGUCGGUUAUCGAUUAGCGUUUUGUACACCAAAUCUAGGCUGUCUGUGGAUGUAGUUUUCAGUUGGUUCUCUACAAUGGUUAGGUUUUCUUGUUUCCAUGCUCACGUCCAUAACCACAAACUAAAGAAAACGGGCCAACUGUCUGCUGAGGCAAUGCAUAAAUCACUUGAAGAUCUUUCUCGAAGUAAGGUCCCGAAGGAUUCCCCUCGGAGUACAGGUCCUGAUCAAUUAUUGAUAAAAACAGAGAAUGCCAAACAAGAUACUAACAGAGCAGAUCACAUGGCUUCCAUCAUUGAGAAUAGCAGAUUGGCUAGUGAGACGACGGAUGGUCUUAAGAAAAGUCGGUCCCUAGGAAGCAUGCCAUAUGGUGAUGGUUCAGCUGCUGUAGACAAUGAUAGUGAAGAUGGCAGAGUAUUUUCCUGUAACAGUUCCCAAUUUAAGCUUGAAAUUUCAGAUUCUGGGAAGGCUCAAGGACUAAGCAUGUCCGAUCGGUUUAAAGACAUCGUAGCCCCAGACUCUCUUUGUGCAAGUUCUGGUCCUGUUAUUACUAAAGAAAUCUUCUCUACUGAUGACACAGCACAUAGAGAAAUGGAAGGUGAUGAAAAUGCUGGUUCGUCGUUAUUUUGCGAUGGUGAUACUGGGAGUCAUACACCAGGCACCACACAAAUGAUUGUAAAAUCAUGUUCAAUGCCGAACUUUGAUGCCUCAUCACCUGUUUCUGGUGGUUCUCCUUCUAACGAUUUCCUACCUCCAUCGAGAUCUUCCGAAGAUCUCCAACUCUUGGAUCCACGGCAUGGAGAGAUGUCACUUCAUGAGAUGGAAAUGCCGGUAAAUGGAUGCGAAUCAGGAGAAGAUAUUGUAGAUGAGAAUCAGGAGACUGAGAAAAUUGAUUAUGAAAAUUUUUUGGAUGAUGGGAAUGAUUCAUACCACGAUGUAAUGCGGGACUGGAGAACAUCGGUUGUAGAUGAGGUAAACCCAAGGGAAACUCUAGACGAAGAAUCCGUGGUACAGCAUUUCAUUGAAUUGCCAGGGAACGACUUCAAGUUUAAGCGUAUCGAGGAGUGGGUCAGUGAUCUUCAACUUUGUAGCCCGCCUGUGGAAACAACUGAAGUCUAUGAAUCGGAUGCUAAUGAAGUGAAAAGAGAUUCUAGUAUCGAAACUGGUUCCAGUGCUGGACGAAUCGAUUCCAAAGCAACUGCAGGCAUGGAAGCUGCUAAGAGAUAUAUAUCUUCGAUGUCUGCAGCAGCCUCUACUGCGCAGUUGGCAAACCAUGGAUUGGUUGUGAUCCCAUUUCUUAGUGCAUUCGUAAGCUUAAAGGUGCUCAAUCUAUCAGCAAAUUCCAUAGGAAAGAUCACUGCCGGUGCUCUACCACGGGGUUUACAUAGCCUGAAUUUGUCUAGAAAUAACAUCUCAACCAUUGAAGGAUUAAGAGAACUGACACGACUCCGGGUGCUGGAUUUGAGCUAUAACCGAAUAAGCCGAAUUGGACACGGCUUGGCUUCCUGCUCGUCGUUGAAGGAGUUGUAUUUAGCUGGAAAUAAAAUUAGCGAGGUAGAGGGUCUUCAUCGGCUCUUAAAACUGUGCAUACUCGACGUGUGCUUUAACAAGAUCUCAACAACCAAGAGUCUCGGCCAACUCGCUGCCAACUACAAUUCUUUGCAGGUCAUCAGCUUGGGAGGCAACCCAGCACAGAAGAAUGUUGGAGAUGACCAGCUGAAGAAACACCUGCAGGGCCUUCUUCCACAUCUCGUUUACUACAACCGGCGGCCCACCAAAGGCAGUACCCUGAAGGAUGGUGCCGAAAGGUCAGUCCGCCUAGGCAUAAGUGGCCAUCAGUUCGAGCAUGGCUCUAGACUAGACCACAAGGGCACGAGGAAGACCACUCACAGCCACAGAGGUCAGGGGUUAGUCUUGCCUAGACGAUCCAAGCUUCGGCAAGGACAUGCCCCUGCCCUGCCCCCUUCUGGAAGUAAAGUAGACGGUAGUAGUCGAUAUCACCAUCAUUUUGACAUCAGCAACAGGCAGCUCGAGUAUAAAUCAAACUCCCGUAUGCGGCGGAGUCGAAGUGAGGGAACCUUGGCACAUCUUUGAGUUAUUAUUCAUUACUUUUCUCACUGAAUGAGUUUUGUGGUCGGUGUCUUUUGAACUAUGUUGUUUAGUAUUGAAUAAUCUCUCAAAUCCAAUGACAUCAAAGUUUUAUUUUACA